AGAGCCGAAGAUGUCGGCUUAGUCAUGUGAUCAGCUGUGUCCAAUCACAGCUGAUCACAUAAGUGCCACCUGACGGUGCUCAUCAGUGCCACGUGCCAGUGCCCAUCAGUGCCAUGUGCCAGUGCCCAUCAGUGCCACAUCAAUGCCACAUAUCAGUGCCCAUCUGAGCUGCCUUUCAAUGUCACUCAUCAGUGCCAGUCAGUGUCACCUAUCAAUGCCAAUCAGUGCCACAUAUCAGUGCUGCCAAUCAGUGCCACCUAUCAGUGCCAAUCAGUGUCGCCUAUCAGUGCGCAUCAGUGCCAGUCAGUGCCGCCUAACAGUGCUAGUCAGUGCCGCCUAUCAGUGCCAGUCAGUGCAGUCUAUCAGUGCCAGUCAGUGCUGCCUAUCAGUG